CUUGCGGAUGUCCCUGGAGAGAUCACCAACAAUUAACGGAUAUGAGCAGGUUAAAGGCGGUCGCUUUCAUUUUCAGGGCCGCGGCUCUACGCGGUGGUUUUAGGCCUCACGCAUUCGGCAUUCUGCCGACAACGUUCUGCCGUUUUGCAUCCACUUCAACCGUCAAACCUCCUCUUUCUUCUGGCGCCUCAGACAUCUUUAGACUGAACAAGCAGCUAUCCAAUUUGAUAAGAAUUGGGAGACUCAGUGAUGCAAGAUUCAUGUUUGAUAAAAUGACGCACAAAAAUACGGUGACGUGGAAUUCAAUGAUAAGUGCGUUUGUGAAACGGAGAGAAUUGGCCAAAGCACGAGAAUUGUUCGACAGAAUGCCUGAGAGUGAUAUUGUGUCGUGGAACUUAAUGAUUUCGGGGUAUACUUCUUGUCUGGGUACUAGGUUUCUUGAGGAGGGUAGGAGGUUGUUCGAUCAAAUGCCUGAAAGAGAUUUUGUCUCAUGGAACACGAUGAUUAGUGGGUAUGCAAAGAAUGGGAAGAUGGAUGAGGCUACAAGGCUUUUCAAUAGUAUGCCCAAGAGGAAUGUAGUGUCCUGGAAUGCUAUGAUCACUGGGUUUUUGCAUAAUGGUGAUGUGGAUAGUGCUAUUGAAUUCUUUGAGAGGAUGCCAGAACGUGACUCUUCUUCAUUAAGUGCACUAGUGUCGGGUCUUAUUCAGAAUGGUAAAUUGGAUGAGGCUGCUAGGAUUUUGGUCAAAUGUGUCAACCAGGAUGAUUGUAGACAAGAUUUGGUGCAUGCCUAUAAUACUUUGAUAGCUGGGUAUGGUCAGAGGGGGAGAGUGGAUGAUGCUAGAAGACUUUUUGAUCAAAUCCCAUUGAAAUCUGAUUUAGGGGCACGAAAAAAUGGGAGAUUUGAAAGAAAUGUUGUAUCAUGGAAUUCAAUGAUAAUGUGCUAUGUGAAGGUAGGAGAUAUUGUUUCUGCUAGGCAACUCUUUGAUCAAAUGGUCGAAAGGGAUACUUUUUCUUGGAAUACCAUGAUCAGUGGCUAUGUUAAAAUGUCUGAUAUGGAGGAGGCCUCAAAUCUUUUCUGUGCAAUGCCAAAUCCUGAUACACUAUCAUGGAACUCAAUGAUCUCUGGGUAUUCCCAGAUAGGUAACUUAGAACUUGCUCUUGAUUUCUUUCAGAAGAUGCCACAGAAAAACUUAGUUUCAUGGAACUCCUUAAUAGCAGGAUAUGAGAAGAAUGAGGACUACAAAGGAGCAAUUAAGAUUUUUAUUCAAAUGCAAGAUGAAGGAGAAAAACAUGAUCGACACACUUUAUCUUCAAUUCUCAGUGUUAGUACUGGACUUGUUGAUCUGCAUCUGGGUAUGCAGAUUCAUCAGUUGGUCUCAAAGACAGUUAUUCCAGACGUACCAAUAAACAACUCUCUGGUUACAAUGUAUUCAAGAUGUGGGGUGAUAACUGACGCGCGGACCAUUUUUGAGGAAAUGAAACUGUCAAAAGAUGUAAUCUCUUGGAAUGCGAUUAUUGGAGGCUAUGCAUCACAUGGUUUUGCCACAGAGGCUUUAGAACUUUUUAAAUUGAUGAAGAGGAAAAAGGUUCGGCCUACCUAUAUAACAUUUAUUUCAGUUCUGAAUGCAUGCGCUAAUGCUGGAUUAGUUGAUGAAGGACGAGGACAUUUUAGGUCCAUGUUUAGUGAGUAUGGUAUUGAGCCAAGGGUUGAACACUAUGCUUCCCUUAUUGACAUUGUGGGUCGACAUGGGCAGCUUGAGGAAGCAUUAGAUUUAAUCAAUAGCAUGCCAUUUGAGCCUGAUAAGGCAGUGUGGGGGGCUCUCAUGGGUGCUUGUAGAGUCCACAAUAAUGUGGACUUGGCUCGUGUUGCAGCUGAAGCAUUGAUGAAAUUGGAGCCAGAAAGCUCGACCCCAUAUGUAUUGCUGUAUAAUAUGUAUGCUGAUGCUAAACAGUGGGAUGAUGCCACAGAAGUUAGGGCGAUGAUGGAAAGAAACAAAAUCAAGAAGAAACCGGCACAUAGUUGGGUAUAGAUUCUUCUCAUUGCUGAUUGGAUGGCUGACUGUUUUGAAGUAAACUAGAAAUCAUUCAUGAGGACUAGUUGAACAUAAGAAUGCUUUGCUUGAUGUGUUAUUUACCUCACUUCCCAAGGGAGGGGAGGGGAGGAAGGAGAAGAAAUCAGAGAAAAUGGGGCUUUCUUUAACUUCCAUACAAACAUUCAGGAGCCUCACGAUUUGGACCAGGAGCCAUGGUUUGGUUAGCAAUCAUUUCACUCACUAAAACAGAAGAAAAAUCAGAUUAGUAUAUGAUUAAUUCCAAAAGCUGCUGAUGUUCACCGUGCAAGCGACUGGUUCCUGCAGGAAAGUAAAAAGAUCAGCAUUAGAAUGCAUUCCAUGAAUUUCUGAAGAACUUACUUUUUGAAAAUCGCUCCUCCAUGCUGCUACUGUGGGUUUAUUGGCGCCAAGGAAAAAGUGGGCUCUAAACAUUUAAGGCUUAGUUGCUGGCUGGCGAGGGGGCAGUAUGGAUGUCCCCUGCAUAUUUUCGAUUCCUAACCACCCUGGAAAUCAAGAAAAUGGGCAGCUAUGUUGGAUUACAAUAUACAUAUAUUUUUUGGGUCGGCAGUACCAUACAUUAUUAUGAUCAUGGAUAAGACAACUUUAUUGUUUUUCAAUAAUAAGCUUUCGUUUUGAGCUUUCCACAAUUGGGUCCCUGUGCUCAUUGAACGUAUCCAAUUUUAAGUUUCACCAUCAUUUGUAAAAACCAGUAUGCCUAUGCUGUACUAGUUC